GUGAUAUAGUUUAUUUGUGCGUGAUAUAGACGUAGAAAAUCUAUGGACAACAAAUCUGUUUGCUGUAGCGCUAAAUAUUGUUUACAUAUUACUUGCUGACGUGCCGUUUAUAGAGAAAUGUAAAGCGAAAACGUGUGUGUCGCUCUAACGUUAAUGAAGUGUUUGACAUAUUGCGUGCACUCACGCAGAGGAAAUGUGUUGUCUUUUGGAUUAAACAUUGCCGAAUCAGCAAGAAACAUUUCGAAAUUUACGUCCAGCUGACACAACAAAAUUAUUCAGGAUGGGUUCUAUUGCUAUGGAAGAAUAUGAACUGAUGAAGGACUCAAAGUACAGAGUGUAUGUUUCUGCUGUUGACAAAGCAUUGAAAAACUUUGAAUAUACUAGUGAGUGGGCAGAUCUAAUAUCUGCUCUUGGGAAGCUGAAUAAAGUGCUGCUGAAUUAUAUGAAAUUUCCAGUUAUUCCACGCCGUAUAAAAAUCAGUAAGCGUCUUGCACAGUGUAUGCAUCCAGCACUGCCUUCAGGUGUUCAUUUAAAAGCUCUUGAGACUUAUGAUAUAAUAUUCAAAUGUAUGGGAACAAAUCGUUUAAGCCAUGAACUGUUCAUUUAUAGUGCUGGCUUGUUUCCACUUCUGGGCCAUGCUGCCAUGAAUGUCCGUCCUUCUCUUCUCACUGUAUAUGAAACACAUUUUGUACCUCUGGGAGAGAGACUUAGACCUGGACUUAGUGGUUUCUUGAGUGGUGUUCUGCCAGGCUUAGAAGAAGGUUCUGAUCAUUUUGAAAGAACUACCUCAUUGUUAGAAAAAGUUUGUGAUGGAGUAGGUCCAAACCACUUUUAUGGAUGUCUGUGGGAUUGCAUAGCAGCAAACAGUGGUAUACGCCUCCCUGCUAUAUCCUAUGUUCUGUCACACUUCAACAAGAGGCUUUCUAUGGAAGAUCAGUUAUUCAUCAUGGGGACCAAUGUUGACAUUAUGGUUAGUGCACUGUGUGCAUGUAUGCAAGACACUAGUGUGCUGGUGCAGCGCAGUGCGCUCGACCUGCUGCUUGUGGGAUUUCCCAUGCACAAUAACCAGUUAUUGCGCACUGAUGUGGUACGACUUGUAACGGCCUCUCUUACUACCAUACUUCGUAGAGAUAUGUCACUGAACAGGCGUUUAUUUGCUUGGCUACUAGGAUCAGAAGUAAAUGUAUCUUUACUGAGUUCAGAACAUCCUCUUGUUAAGAAAUCUCGCAGCAUAGAAUCUACUUCAUCCAAUACCUCACCAUAUUUUGAGAUGUAUUCCAGAGAUCUCUUGAUUCAGGCUAUAAAAAUUACUCUAAGUCAGAGUGCAAGUCAUCCACAAGAUGUUCGUCCUUAUCGCCUUUUGGUUUCUCUCUUGGACAAGCCAGACAUAGGGCCUGAGAUUUUAGAUGAUAUCCUGUAUGAAGUUUUCAGGACACUCUAUUUAGCUUGUGAUGGAGGCAAACUGGCUUCUGCUGCUUCCACAGCUACAUACAAAGGCAGCCAAGAGCUUCUGAAGUCUGCUAAUUUGUUGUUCAGCACACUUGAGCCAUGUUACAUUUGGGUCUACUUGGGUACCCUUUUUGAUAAAGCUUGUGGUGCUCAAGCAACUGUUGAUACAGCAAAGAUCUCACAACCUGUGGAUUUGAAAGUUAACGAUGAAGUGAAAUCUGUUGGUCAAGGACAACCAAAUCUCCUAGAGGUAUGUACACUUGCAGAAUUCCUUCUGGAUGCUGUAUCUCUGGAGGCAUAUAUGGACACCACGAGUGAGCAUUUACCAGGACUCUUUCUUCACAUUAUUUGCAAGUUAACAGAGCAUUGUGAUAAUCUCUCAGCAGAAGAUAUAGCACGUUCUCUCCAACUGUGUGCAAAAAUACUUUCAAAAGUGCAGCCCUCAGUGGUAGCGGUUAGUUCACUAAAUGGGAAAUCAGCAAGUGAUCAGAUAGACACAACCAUUAACCAAGUAUGUAGCCCCAUAGAGCACAGCAAGUCUUUACCAGAUAUUACUGAUAAAAGCAAAAAAUCAAGAUCCAGUGGUAAGGGUUCAAACAAAAACAAGAAAUCAAAGUUUCGCUUGAAACAGUCUGGUGAGAAAAAUGAAGUCAUUGAUGAAAUUAGUCCUGUUGUAGUAACAGUGAGUUCCAAUUCUCAAGAAAAUUUAUGUGAAGAAAGGACAGUUGAUGAAUCUGCUGCUGAAGUUACAGCCAAUGGACAUCUGAACAUUAGUAUUAGUAGUUCAGGAAAACUCAGUCCCAAUCUGUCUUACGGAAGUGCAGCGCAGCUAACAGACACUGAAACUAGUUUGAUGGGAAGUGAAACUGAUAUAACUAGUCAGUCAGUUUCAGAAGAGUCGUGUGAACCUCCUUUAUUGCCCUCAAAACAGCAGUCAUUGCUUGAAGAGUGCUUAAAACAGUAUAAAAUAUUCUAUGUGAAGUUUAUGUGUAAUAAACGGUUAAUGGGCUGUGAUGUGGAUUCUCUCUUCAAACAACUUAUUAUUCAUCCACAAGAAACAGAUGAUGAAAGGACUGAAAAGCUUAUAUGUAUUUUGAAUAGGUGUUUGGAAAGCAAUGAUCACAGUUGUCAGUUCUGCGAAGAAAUUACAGAGCUGGAAAAACAUAACUAUUCUACUCUAUCAGGAAAAAAUGACAAUAGAAGGAAAAUAUACUUUUGUAAGUCUAAUGCCCAAGAGUGGGAAUCACCUGUAAAAGUAUCAUGCAAUCUCUUGGUGGAACUGUCCACAUUUCCCACUUACUGUCUUCCAGAAACACCGAUAGACGAGCCAACAGGAUUAGCAAACUUUCCCAAAUGGCUACAAGUUCUAGUGGUUUGUGCAUGCUAUCUUGCGGAUGCCCCAGCAUUGCAGCUAACAGCCAUUGCCACUCUGCUUGAGCUAAUGUCGCUGUUGCGAUCACAGACUCACAGAGAUGAAGUGACAGAUCAUUUGGACCACCAGGGUGUUGUUUCUGUUGUCAUGAAACCUCUUUUGAGGCAAUGGGAUGUGACAUUUCUUGAACAUCACACAAUUACAGUCCAGAUUGUGGCGAAGGCACUUUGGGAUCAACUUGGUCAGCUGGAGCCUGAUGGUCAGGUGCACUGUGUGGAGCUCCUGCAUCAACUGCACAACCUACUUCCCGGUUCACGAGUUGUUGAAGAUGUUGUGGGUGAAUCUCUUUGUGGACCAAUCAGUUUUGACCAGUCUGAUUACUGCUCCAGCACAUUUGAGAAAUUUUCACUGCUCUGGCAUGUAGGGAGAGAAGUUGAAGCCAAGGGUGCAGGCUGCCACCCAGUCAGAUCAUUUGACAGGUGUCUACUGAAAAUGCUAGACCAGUUACAGCAAAGUGAGAGUUGCCCAUUACGGCUACAGGCCCAGACAUGGCUACUUCAUUCGUUGGUUCGUGGUGAUGUUGCUCGCUUAAUAGAUCCUCUUCUGCUGAUGCUAUUGGAUCCAGCCACAGCUCGUGUUAGUGUACUGCAUGUCAGUGUCAAAGAGCGUGACCGUCCACAGAACCUGUCAUCUACUGAUGUGCCUCCAGUUUAUGCCAUAAGCUCCAUUGAUGGCCACAUUAUCUAUCAUGUGUCAAGUACUUCUGCUCCCAGACAUGGUGAUGCUUUUGCAAGAAGAGUUUAUACAAUGACAACACUGGCAGCUGGUGGUAAUGGAAAAUGCCACAUCGCAGACAAAGAUUCUUGUAUGAAACUUCCAGAUGUAUUGCAACCACAUUCUCCUUCCAGCUGUCGAAAUAUAUCGUUAUUUGUGAAUCCGUUUGCUGCAUCUGCUAGCAGCAAUACAAACUCAAAUGAUUCUGCUACUGAGGAAGACUCUACUGCUACUUCACACAGUAAAACACCUGAGGCAUCAAGUUACCCUGGUGAAUUGCCUAGGUUUGGUCGCUCUUGGAAGUUAAGAAGUGGUCGGGGGAGAAAUAAAUUGGCUGCUUUUGGCAAUGCUUCCACAAUUGCAAUUCACAAAAAGAGCAAGAGUGCUGAAUUUCUACAGUCUGACAUACUGCCCAAUGGAACUUACAGGAAACUUGGCAGUGGGAGCCAAACUAGUCUCAGUUGUGGAGACGAAGAAGAAAAUUCUUCUGACAGUAAUUUAUCAGAAAGUUGUGAGGAUAGCACUGGUGUUGUUAGAAGAUGGUCACUUGGAGAGGAUGUACUAGCCGACUUUGAUGAUUCAGUUGCUGAAAAUAGCUGUCUUGAAAUGGGGAAGGAAGUAACAACCAGCAAGGAGAUAGUUGAACAAAUAUUGUACGAGGUAUUGGAUAAAGUUGUCAGCAGUUUUGAAGAAAAAGAUCAGGAUUCAGAAGAAAAGCCGAGUCUUGCCAGCAAAGUUCCAAGCACUACUUUGCGAGUUCAUCAGUUACAUUCUCAUAUGCUCUUAUAUUGUGCUGUUUAUGACUCAAAUCGGACAUUAUAUGCACUGAGUACAUUGAGGAACAUACUAUUGACCAACUCCAGGAUGUUUCUGUGUGCAACUGCGACAACAGGGCUAGCAAAUGUUGCACGUGGAUCUGGACUGAUGAUGUUGUUAGCAAGACACCGUAAAUCUGUAUUUGGAAGAAAUUUUCAUGGAGAAAUACCGUCUGGUGGUGGAGAAUUUGGUGCUGCAUAUAGAAGCAGCAUGUAUUUGGAAGUUCUGCUGCUGGUUUGCCUUUAUUUUGCAAGAAGCUACUAUCCCAAUUUAGGAGAAAUGCGACUGACACAGGAGGAGAUAUCUGGAAAUCGCAAGGUCCAGCUAGCAAGUACUGAACUGCUUACGAUCAUCUGCUAUGAAUUGAUUUUGAUUGUAAGAGACAGUGGCAGAGGUUUUGCUAGCUACAUAGCAGAUUUGAUGGCCCGAUGUAAAGUUCAGAAAAUUGCGUUACACUGUAUAUUGUCGAGCGUGCACAGCAUGAAAGUCCAUGACGUCAGUAAAGAAGACAGCCCUCUUAAGGUUAAUGACAACCCUUUACAAAGAACACUAACAGAAGAAAUUAUGCAUUUCAAUGACCCUGAUUCAGAAUAUGCGGAAAGUAGCAGCAGAUGUAAAUUUCGUUGUUCUGAACAUUCAGAGGGAUUUCAGGUGCAACUUUUGAGACUACUUCUUGCUUUAGUAAUGCUUGAACACCAAGUUAAUGCUCAGAAGAGUGAUAGUGAGUCUGCAACUGUUACAAACAGAGAAAGCACAUCUUCUGUGAAGAGCACUUCAUCUUCGAAUCAGUUAAAAUACCAUCCAGGACUUGACAUACCUCAACAGUCAAUGUUCUUAGCUUCUGUUUUGACUGCAUUAAGACAGAGGCAUAUGCGCCAUCUGCAUCAUCAGUGGACCAAUCUCAUAGCUUCUGCUCUCCCAUUUAUGGGGUCAUCUCUGACUGAAGUAGUUAUGAGUGUCAUCAAUCAAUUAUGCAGCAACAUAGAAAACCUGUCUCAGCAUUAUGGCUCAGAAGACAAUAGAGAGGACUUGUGUUGCCUACCUGCAGACUACGCAGUUACUCAACUGGAAGCACUGACACUGUUGUGCCACUACUGUUUGUUGGACAGCACACAGCAGCAAUCGCACGCUUUCAGUCAGCAGAUGCUUGGUGCAGUUACGUCUUUAAAUGUUGGUCUGCCUGGUGCCAACCCAGGGCAGGUUUUCAGCAACCUUGUGCAUGUAUUCAUGCCUGUCCCUGCACAGCAGGACAAUACUCAUGGGAAGGAUAAACCUACAGUUGUGGAUCCACAUAUUUCAGCCAGGCGCAAAGUUCUGAGCAACAUGCCACGUAUUUUUGCGAGUGUAGCAGCUCUGUGGCAAGCAAUUAUGACUGGACAAGACUGGGAGCAGAAGUCUUGUGUGCUGGGCAGUCCUAGAAUUGUCAAGCAUCAGUUACUGGAAUUUCUCAGUCCUAUUUCUCUCCACCAUGGCAUAAACUUCAUAGCAGCUAUUGCCAUUGCAUGGCAGGAACGUAAACAAACUGGCCCUCAGACUGGACGAAAGGCUGUUCCAGUGGCAACCCAAAGCCAGCAAGUGCUGGUGUAUCUAAUAUCAGCGAUACGUGUUAUGCCUAUGGAUACAUUGGUGCAGACUGUACACCAGGUAGUGAAGCAGCCCCCACCCAUUGAAGGAUUUAAGAAGGAGGCUUGUAUAGAAGUUAGUGUUCUGGAGUUGUUUUACUGCUAUAUGCAAACAACUUCUGGUUCUCAACUCACUGAGAGCUGGAGUUCUUUAAUAGGACUUCUGCGUGAUGGCUUGACACUCUCACCACCAGCUCAGUUCUUGAUGCUUGCUAUACUGAACGAGUUUGUGCAGAAGACACCUCCACUUUCAGAGAAAAAAGAGCUUAGGGAUUUGCAAGACAUCACAGCAAAGCUUAUAGAGUCAUGUGCUCAGAUAGCAGGAGCUUGUCUGGAGCAAACAACUUGGCUACGUCGCAACAUGGCUGUCAAAGAAGAGGAGCUGGAAAGUAUGCCUGAUGGAAAGGAAAAGGAUUCCUCUGUAUCAACAUCAGCAGCACAGUACAGUAUUCAGGCACAGGCUGUGCUUGCAGAAUUAUUGGCCCCUCUUCUUGAUGUCAGCUAUGGCAGCCAAGAAAAAGAGAGAGUGGUUACGCUUCUUACAACUGUUAUGUAUAACAUAACACCUUAUCUCAAAAACCACUCGCGCCGGAAUGUUCCGAGUUUCUUCACAUGCUCUCAACUUUUGGCAAGUCUGAGUGGUUAUCAGUAUACUCGGAAGGCAUGGCGGAAGGAUGUGUUUGAGUUGCUUCUAGACCCCAACCUAUUUCAGAUGGAAGCUAAAUGCCUUCCUUUCUGGAGAACUGUUGUGGACAACCUUAUGACUCAUGAUACUACAACUUUCCGUGACCUUAUGGGGAGAGUAUCACUGGCCCAGAGUGGAUCUCUGAGCAUUUUUUCCAGCCGUGAGCAAGAGUAUGAGCAAAGAGCUCAGCUCCUGAAACGUCUUGCAUUUGUGAUUCUCUGCAGUGAAACAGAUCAGUACCACAAGUAUAUGCCUGAAAUUCAAGAACGGCUUGCUGAAAGCCUGCGGUUGCCACAAGUGGUUCCAUCAGUCCAGGCACAAGUGUUUCUAUGCUUCCGAGUGCUGUUGCUGCGAAUGUCACCGCAACAUGUAACAUCAUUGUGGCCAGUGAUUGUCAGUGAACUAGUCCAAGUGUUCCUGCACAUUGAACAGGAGCUUAGUACUGACACUGAGCAAUUCAGGCGCAACAACAGCUCACACAUCCGUCUGCUGUCUGCCCUUGACUCAUCUUGGGUUGUAAACAGUAACAACGGCCUGCACGCUCAUGGUCAUCCACAUUGGCGCCAACUGCAGCUGAGUGCUGCUAAGCUUUUGGACCUCGCUCUUUUGUUGCCUGCACACCACUUGCCUCAGUUUCAGAUGUAUCGUUGGGCAUUUGUGGGUAGUUCUGAGCUGUCAGAUGUGGAUAAUCAAGGACUAGGUGAAACAGCUCGUCCGCACGAUUUUGUUCCUCACAUCAAACGGAUAGCUCAUUUAAUGGAUAUAAAGUUUCAGACAUCAGUGGAACCAAUGACACGCCAGCCUGGACAGUUGCUUCUCACAACCAGCACCAUUGAUACACUUCAAGAUUUGCAUCCAUUUUUCACAACACUAAGUCAGCAUCGUACUCAGCCUCCAGUUACAUCAAUCAGUCAGCUUGAAAGUGCCAUAGAAUUAGACUUCUUGGAAAAAUUACCUCCUAGAUAAAUCCAUUAGCAUGUGCUACAAUUGGUAUCAAGAAUUGCAUGCUCUGUGUUGUGAAUUCCUGAAUUCCUCUUCUGGUUCUGGUUUUGGGUUUGUAAAUUUGUGACUAUACAAGUAAAAUUUCAUUUCUGCCAUCAUCAGGGAAUGUCAGGUAGAACAGAGAAUAGGGAUCUUAUAGCGUACGGUUAAAAACAAUUUUGAGGCACUCAGUUAUACAGUGUAAUUGUUUUUUGAAUUUAUACAUUAUUUAUGUGGCUGUUCUCUUACACACCUUUCAUAUCAGUGACUGGCAGUCUCAGAGGAUGGAUGCAUGCAGCAAAAUAAUUUGGUACUAUACCUGAAUUUACUGCUACACAGCAGCCCUUUUUUUUUUUUUUUUUUUUUUUUUUUUUUUUUUU